UCUAUGUCUGUGAGUCUGUUUCUGUUUUAUUCAUUUGUAUCAUUUUUUAGACUCCACAUAUAAGUGAUACCAUGUAUUUUUCUUUCUUUUUGACUUACUUCAGUUAGAAUGACAAUCUCCAGGUCUAUCCAUGUUGCUGCAAAUGGCAUUAUUUUAUUCUUUCUUACGACCCAGUAGUAUUCCAUCAUAUAUAUAUAUAUAUACAUACACACAUACAUCACAUCUUCUUUAUCCAGUCAUCUGUUGAUGGACAUUUAGGCUGUUUCCAUGCCUUGACUGUUGUAAAUAGUGCUCCUGUGAACACUGGGGCACAGGUGUCUUUUCAAAUUAGAGUUCCCUCCAGAUGUGUGCCCAGGAGUGGGACUGCUGGGUCAUAUGGUAAGUCUACUUUUAGGUUUCUAAGGAAUCUCUAUACUGUCCGCCACAGUGGCUACACCACCUCCAUUCCCCCCAGCAGUGUGGGAGGGUCCCCUUUUCUCCACAGCCUCUCCAGCAUCUAUCAUUUGUGGGCUUUUUAAUGAUGACCAUUCUGACUGGUGUGAGGUGAUACCUCACUGCAGUUUUGACUUGCGUUUCAUUGAUAGCUAGUGAGAUUGAGCAUUUUUUUCAUGUGCCUAUUUGCCAUUUGUAUGUCUUCAUUGGAGAAUUGCUUGUUUAGGUCUUCUGCCCAUUUUUGGAUUGGUUUUUUGUUGUUGUUGUUGUUGUUGUUAAGUUGUAUGAGCCGAUGAAGUAUUUUAAAGGAGCCAUCUGUCGUUAAUAUAGUUGCCGUUGCCCUGAACUCGGUGUGCUGGCAGAGGUGUGCUUCACUGCAGAUUCCACGCCACAGGAGGCGUCCCGGAUGGCCUCACGCCACGCACACUGGCCAGAGCUGAGCCGUAUUUUAUCAUGUCUGAGAGAGAGUGGCGAUCUUCAAGAUGAAGACUCUGGAAAAUGUUCGGUUCUCCGCAGGAACUACAAAAUUUGAAGGAAAGACAAUUUUUGAAAGGAAGUUGUUUUGAAAGUAUGUUUACAACUAACUGAUACUGUUGACAGUUUUUUUUGAAACAGUAAAAGACUUUGAGAAGAUUGUAUUUAUGGUAAAAGGAAACUGGAGUAACAAUGAGGCCAAAGACUUUCCCUGCCACAACGUACUCCGGGAACAGCCGGCAGCGGCUGCAGGAGAUCCGGGAGGGGUUGAAGCAGCCCUCCAAGCCCGCGGCCCCGGGGCCGCCUGGGGGCCCCGGCAGCGACGCAGCCCUGGACGCCAAGGUCCUGGGCGGCAAGGAUGCAGCCCGGCAGCAGCAGCAGAUGAGAAGCGCCCCGAAGUUCGGGCCCUACCAGAAAGCACUGAGGGAGAUCAGGUACUCCCUGCUGCCCUUUGCUAACGAGUCGGGACCCUCGGCAGCUGCAGAAGUGAACCGACAGAUGCUGCAGGAGCUGGUGGACGCGGGCUGCGACCAGGAGAUGGCGGGCAGGGCCCUCAAGCAGACCGGGAGCCGCAGCAUCGAGGCCGCCCUGGAGUUCAUCAGCAAGAUGGGCUACCUGGAGCCGGGCAAGGAGCAGAUCGUGCGGGUCGUCAAGCAGACCUCCCCAGGAAAGGGCCUCGCGCCAACCUCUGUGCCACGGAGGCCGAGCUUUGAAGGAGCUGGGGACCCUUUCCCGCCCUACCCCCAGAUGAGCGGGGCAGCCUACGAGGGCCCAGCCGCCCUGGAGGAGGCGCCCCGCCAGUACUCGGACUUCCUCUUCGCGGGCGCCGGCCCUCACUGCGGGCCCGGCCGGCAGCACCAGCCCAAAGGCUAUGAGGCGCCCCCACUGCAGGGCCCGCACUACCGGCCCCACCUGCUGGUGCCCGGGGAGGGCCUGGGCUACGGCAUCCAGCGCAGCCCCUCCUUCCAGAGCAAGAGUCCGCCGGAGGCAGGCGGGUACGCCAGCCUGGCCACCAAGGGCCCGGCCGUGCCGCCUGGGGCUGGCCACGCAUUUCAGCCCACAGGAGCCACGGCCGGAGCCUACACGCCCCACCCUCACCACAAACAGGCCCACCAGGUGCACGUGCUCGGCUCCCGGGGGCCCGUGUUUGCAGGCGACAGCCCCCCGCCAAGCCUGGUCACACCCUCCAGGAGCAGCCUGAAUGUGGACCUGUACGACCUGGCCAGCCCCUCAGCCCAGCAGUGGCCCGGCACCACCCUGACCCGGCGCGACUCUCUCCAGAAGCCUGUGGCCUUCCUGCCUGAAGGCCCGGUCCCCAGCAGGACGAACUCUUUCAACAGCCACCAGCAGCCGGUGGCUGUGCCCCUGCGGGCGGGAGCACCAGGCAAGGCCGAGCCCUCUGUGUCCUCCCCUAACACUGUGACAGCCGUGACGGCCGCCCACAUCCUGCACCCGGUGAAGAGCGUCCGCGUGAUGAGGCCUGAGCCCCAGACAGCCGUGGGGCCCUCCCACCCGGCCUGGGUGCCAGCGCCCACCCCCGCGGGGGAGAGCCUGGCCUCCAAGGACGAGCACCCCCUACCCCUGGGGGGCGCCAGCGCCCACCCACUGGAUGUGGAGUACGGGGGCACCGAGGCCAGAGGCCGGCCCCCGCCCUACCCGAAGCACCUCCUGCUGCAGAGCAGGCCAGAGCAGAGUGACGUGGACCGCCUGUGCGCGGGGGUGGAGCAGGGCCUUCUGGGGGGCCAGGCCACUGAGCCCCCAGACAGGGCCGACAAGGGCCAGAAGGGCGCCAAAGGCGAGAAGACAGGGAAAGACAAGAAGCAGAUCCAGACGUCACCCGUGCCGGUUCGGAGGGGCAGCAGGGCCGAGGAAAAGAGGGAGUCCCGCGUCAAGAGCUACUCGCCCUGCGCGUUCAAGUUCUUCAUGGAGCAGCACGUGGAGAAUGUCCUGAAGACCCACCAGCAGAAGGUGGCCCGGAGGCUGCAGCUGGAGCAGGAGAUGGCGAAGGCGGGACUGUGUGAGGCUGAGCAGGAGCAGAUGAGGAAGAUCCUCUACCAGAAGGAGUCCAAUUACAAUAGGCUGAAGAGGGCGAAGAUGGACAAGUCCAUGUUUGUGAAGAUAAAGACCCUGGGCGUUGGCGCCUUCGGGGAGGUGUGCCUGGCCUGCAAGGUGGACACGCACGCCCUGUACGCCAUGAAGACCCUGCGGAAGAGGGACGUCCUGAGCCGCAACCAGGACAAGGACAGCCUGUACUUCGUGAUGGACUACAUCCCGGGGGGCGACAUGAUGAGCUUGCUGAUCCGGAUGGAGGUCUUCCCUGAGCACCUGGCCCGCUUCUACAUCGCGGAGCUGACGCUGGCCAUCGAGAGUGUCCACAGGAUGGGCUUCAUCCACCGGGACAUCAAGCCGGACAACAUCCUUAUAGACCUGGACGGCCACAUUAAGCUCACGGACUUCGGCCUCUGCACUGGCUUCCGGUGGACUCACAAUUCCAAGUACUACCAGAAAGGGACCCACACCAGGCAGGACAGCAUGGAGCCCAGCGACCUCUGGGACGACGUGUCUAGCUGUCGCUGCGGAGACAGGCUCAAGACCCUGGAGCAGAGAGCCCGGAGGCAGCACCAGAGGUGCCUGGCUCACUCCCUGGUUGGGACCCCAAAUUACAUCGCCCCGGAGGUGCUCCUCCGAAAAGGGUACACCCAGCUCUGUGACUGGUGGAGUGUCGGCGUGAUUCUCUUCGAGAUGCUGGUGGGGCAGCCGCCCUUUUUGGCCCCAACUCCCACAGAAACCCAGCUGAAGGUGGUCAACUGGGAAAGCACGCUGCACAUCCCCGCCCAGGCCGAGCUGAGCCCUGAGGCCCGGGACCUCAUCGCCAAGCUGUGCUGCUCGGCGGAGCACCGGCUGGGCCGGAACGGAGCCGCCGACCUGAAGGCCCACCCGUUCCUGGGCGCCGUCGACUUCUCCAGUGACAUCCGGAGGCAGCCGGCGCCCUACGUGCCCAAGAUCAGCCACCCCAUGGACACCUCCAACUUCGACCCGGUGGACGAGGAGGGCCCCUGGCAGGCCGGCAGCGAGGACAGCACCAAGGCCUGGGACGCGCUCGCCUCCCCGGGCGGCAGGCACCCCGAGCACGCCUUCUACGAGUUCACUUUCCGGAGGUUCUUCGACGACAACGGCCACCCGUUCCGCUGCCCGAAGCCGGCGGGGCCGGGGGCGCAGGCCGAGGGCUGCCAGCCCGUACUUGCGACAUGAUGUUAAAGCUGCUUUUGUUGUCGUGUUCUGCCGCUGUUGUGCAUCAGCGUGGAGUGGAAGGUGUGAGCGGGCGAUCACGCAGGGCGGCUUCAGGCGUCUGGUGUGGAGGCAGCGCUGCGUGGACAGGGGUUUUCUCUUAUAAGUGACCGUGUCUUGCCGUUCACAGCAGGCUCUGUGAACACGUUUUUACCGAGUGUCUUUGAGUGAGACCUCCUGGACCGUGUGUGACGUUGCGUCGUGUGGCGACCCCUCGCCGUGGUCGUGCCCCUUACUGUCUUGCUGAGGAGAUGCACGUGUAACUGAGAUGCGGUGAGGUUUGUGUGUGUGUCUUGGGUGUGACUGAAUUCUCUGGGGGGGCUUGUCCUCGACUAAACUUGUAUACGUCAAAAGGGAUGAACUCAGCUCUGCCAAAAAAUGAAGUUCCUGGCGGAACCCUGUCCGUCCUGCCGUGGGGAUGCUCUCCGCCUGGCCCUGGCCGCAGGCGCGGAGAGGCGUGAUCCCCAGGUCCUCCCGCAUCCUCUCCGGUGUGCUUUGAAGUAUCAGUCUUAUUUCUAACCUUUGUAAAGCUGCAAGGAUUAUUGAAAGUGACGUUGGAAUAAAAAAAAAAGUAAGCCAUACAUGCUUUCUUAGAAGCGCAGGUGUGUAUAUAACUGCAUAGAUAAACACAGAAUAUUCUUACUUCAGAUUAGUAUGAUUCCUAUUCAAAGUGAUUUAUAUUUGAGUAAAAAGUUCAAUCCUUUUUUGUUUUUUAAAAUCUGAUGCAUCAUAUUUUUCAUUAUAUUAUUCCACAUAUUUUCCUUGAAGGUUUUCGCAUCAUGUAGCCAUUACUUAGCGUACAUCUAGGCAGCAACACCUAAAAGUCUGUCCACGUCUGAACGUCACAAACAGACUCCUGUGUACUGGUUUACACUUGUGUGAGUGGCCCGUGUCGUGACUGCCCGUGGUUUCUCUGUUUCACAGUAACGCCGUGUAUUUACGCUCUGACGGACUCCAUGUGGUAGGUUCUUUCUCAGGAACUCAGUGUAACUAUUAUUUAUUGAUAUAUCAUUGCCUUUGAAAAGCUUCUACUGGCACAAUUUAUUAUUAAAAUUUUGAAUCCAAA